GAAAAACUCUCUUCGCUACUUCUCUGGACCGGUCAGACUGAGAAACUUGUCGAUCAAUUGCCACCGUUGUCAAGCGAUAGCACUGGUGUGCAAACUCAGCUGAAUGAGAUCCGUCACAUUGGAAGAGAAAUUGUUGCAAAGCAUUCAGAUCUCAAACAUGUAAAUUGGACAGCAGCGAGGUUAAUGGAAGCUUCGCACACUGGAUUGGACGCUCUUCUUGGACUUGGUUUUGUCGAUCAAGGUAUCAUUUGA